AAUCUUUGCCACCAUGUUAGGCUUCCCAAAAAACUAAAAAACCAAUUCUUGAUUUAACAGAUGCUUACGAUUUAGUGGUCUCUUCACUUUCUCCUAUGAAAAUUUAAGAUUACUAUAUUUGUCUUCUCUUUAUCUUUACUUGUAUACAUGGGAAAAUCAUGAGUUUUUGCUCAAAAGCCACUUUAAUAAAAAUGUUUUUGAAUCAAUUUAUGUACACAAGAAUGACUUGGUUUUUCACUUCACUUUGGGGUUUCUUCUGUUGGUUUGUUUUCAAGAUUUACUUUUUCUUGGAGAACAGGAGGGUUGUUGAUGAAAAUGAUGAAAUGGACUGUAAAAAUCAGAAAAUAUUAGAUUUUGAUGAGAAGGGUGUGGAAAAAGAGAGUUCUUUUUUGGUUCAGAGUAAGUAUGAGUAUAUAUCUGGGAAAGAUUCUUUUGGUUUUAUGGAGAAACCAGAAGUUAAAAGUUUUUCAGUUGAAGAAAUGUUUGUGAAUGUUAAUGAAGGAGAUGAAGAAGAAAAAGAGAUUGAUAAGAAUUCUGAUGAUAAAUUGUUUUAUUUCUCUUUUUUCAAAAAUGGAAGUGUUUAUCAAGAAAAAUCAGAGUUUUUUAGUGAAAAAAAUGUUAAUGAUCAAGAAAAGUUGGAAUUUUUUGAUGAAAAGGGGGAGGAACAUGUUGAUAAUCAUUGUUUUGAAGAGAUUUUGAAGAAAAAUGAUGAAUUUUCUAGUGAUGAGGAAACACAGGAUUCAGAAGAUAUAUGCUAUGAAAUUCAAUUGCUUCCUGAGAAUGAGUCUUUCAUUCGAAAUUCGAUUCGAGGGUCUGAGGGUAUUGGAGAUGAAUUAUGUUCUGAUAGGCAUCUUAAUGGAUUCUUGAAGAGUGAUCAGUUUAUGGGAGGUGAUAGAGAAGAAAAUGAUGAUAUGGGGUUUAUUGAAUUGGAAAGUUCUUUGCAUAGUUCAAGUUCUUCUAUUGGUAAAGGUGAUUUUGCUGCUAAAAAUAUUGAUGGAGUUGAAGUAACAGAUGUGAAGUGUGAGGAAAUGAAGUUAAUGAAUGAUUUUCAAGAAUCUGUAGACCAUAAUUCGAGUCGAAAAUCAUGGGAUAUAAAUGUUUUUGCUUCUCAAAAUGUUGACAGAGUUGAGGAAACAGAUGUAAAUUGUGAGGAAAUGAAGUUAAUGGAUGAUAUUCAAGAAUCACCAGAUCAUAAUUCGAGUCGAAACUCAUUGGAUAUGGAUGGUUUUGCUUCUCAAAAUGUUGACAGAGUUGAAGAAACAAAUGUGAACUAUGAGGACAUGAAGAUAAUGGAUGAUUUUCAAGAAUCUCCAAAUCAUAAUUCGAGUCGAAAAUCAUGGGAUACAGAUGGUUUUGCUUCUCAAAAUGUUGACAGAAUUGAGGAAACAGAUGUGAACUAUGAGGAUAUGAAUGAUUUUCAAGAUUCUCCAGAUCAUAAUUCGAGUCGAAAAUUAUGGGAUACUGAUUCAGAUUCGGAUGACGAUGAUGAUAUCUUAUUAGAACAUCAGAAUUUAGUCAGGCAAAUGAAAAUGGAAAUGAAAAAUUCAAGAAUUACAGGUCUGCCUACUAUAUCAGAAGAUUAUGAAUCUCCUAAGGUAGUAGAAGAUUUGAAGCCAUUGAAAAUUGAUGAAAAGAUUGGAUACAAAUAUUGUAUCGAAGAAAUUCAGAAAUUUUACAAGAGCUAUGCUGAAAAAAUGAGAAAAUUGGACAUCUUGAAUUACCAGACAUUGAAUGCUAUCAGUUUUCUUCAACUUAAGGAUUCCGAAAUGUUUAUGUCAAGCAAAAAAACAUCGAUUUCAAUAACCAAAGCCUUUGCUUUACCAAGCUUCUUGGCAAACAAACAGAGGAAGAUCUUUGCUGAUCCUGCACAAAAAUCCAUUAGUGAAAUGAAUAUAGACUUGGAAAUUGUAUAUGUUGGACAAAUUUGCUUAUCAUGGGAAAUUCUCUAUUGGCAAUAUGGUAAAGCUAAGGACUUGCUUGAACAUGAUCCACACGAGUAUCACACAUACAACCAAGUUGCCGGAGAAUAUCAGCAAUUUCAAGUAUUAUUACAAAGAUUUGUCGAGGAUGAGCCAUUUCAAGGACCACGCGUCCAAAACUAUGUCAGGAAGAGGUGCAUUCUCCGUAGCUUUCUUCAAGUCCCAAGCAUUAGAGAUGAUCGUUUUAAGGGAAAGAAGGGCAGACGAGAAGAGGAAAAAGAUGUCAUUUCCAUUGUGAAAUUGGGGGAAGUUAUUAAGGAGACAAUGCAAGUUUUCUGGGAGUUUCUUCGUGCUGAUAAACGUGAAGCUAAUUUGGCCUUAAAGGGUGUUCAAAGAACUCAAAUGGACAAUGCAGAAAUCGAGCUUUUCAUGAAUGUCAAGUUAGACCUUCAAAAGAAGGAGAGGAAGUUGAAAGAUGUACAGAGAAGUGGCAAUUGCAUAGUGAAGAAGUUCCAAAAACAACAAGAACGACGAUUGAGUCAUUCAUUAUUCGCGUCACUCGUGGAGCUAAAAUUGGUAUCAAGAGUGCUAAGUUUACCAAGAUUAAGGAGAGAUCAUUUGGUUUGGUGCCAGAGGAAACUAAGCAAUAUCAAUGUUGCAGGGAGGAAAGUUAGCAUGGAACAAUCUUUUUCACUUUUUCCUUGCUAAGGA